AUGCCCUUACCCUCGGUGUCGGACGACUCCGAGGUGUUCGCCGCCCGCGGCCCAUGUUUCGAUGUCUUCUGUUACACUAGAAAAGUCUUGCCCGAGUCGGAAACGUCGCCCCAGGAACUUUUGCAACCACACGCCACAAGCCGAUGGCCGAACCACCUGCCGGACUCCACUCGGCCGAGCAACAUUCGGGUGUGUCAAAUGCACGGCUCUUUUGUGACACUCUGCGACGGGAUGCGCAUUCUUAUAUGCGAGGGACUUUCGAAGCUCUCACUCUCGCUUGCUUUGGCAGUUUCUGUCUUGUUUACCAGGCCUUGCAAAAUUUUCUCCAGUCUCCACGAGUGGGUCGAGUGGACCUUAGAAAAGCAAAGCCACGCGCGAAGAAUGAUAGGAAAAUUGUGCUCCGUACUGAGCCAGACAGUUCAAAGUGAAUUUAAGGUCUGGAUGCUUGAGGAAAUCUGCCCAGGCGGAAACGUCUUUGGGGCUAGGGAGGAUCGCCCCUGGAUCGCACGUGCGAUGGGUCUGCUCACCUCUCAGGCCUAUCUUGUGGCUUACUUUUUCCGAUUUCCGGCCAUUUUUGUGGGAAUUGAGUUAUUCUUCGCUGUUGCUACAUAUCGCGAUGAAUCAGAAGUGUAUAACGUUGCAAGAAGCGGCUCCCAAACCUCUUCGGCACCCUGGUCUCGCUGUCGGCCGGUAUAUUCCCCGAGCCAAGAGAUUGAGGCUGAGAGCGGGCGGCAUGGGCCGCAGCCUCCGAUGCAGGAGCAGGGAAGCGACUGGCGGGGCCUUGGCAGCACGCCAUAG